CAUCAGUAAACGAUCUGUGAUUAAUUAGUGGCAAUCGCGAUGAAGUUCACAUUAGGUUUGACGAUUCCAGUUCUGGCUUUGAUGACAGUAGUGAGUUGUGAAAAUUUCGACCACGAAGAUGAACAUCGGAUGCACUAUUUUCAGAAUAGCUUGUUCAACAUCUUUCAACGCAUGAGCAACACCCUGAAUCGAAACCAAACGCUGACAGAGGAUAGUUCCGGCAACUUGUACAUGUUGAACAUCGUUAAGAGCCUCUCACUGAACGCUCCCACAAGCAAUUUAACGUCUUCUGAGCAACACUCUUUGGAACUCCGGAUGGCCAAGCUGGAAUCGCUAACAACAACUUUGCUCCAAAAUCAAAAAUCGCUCCAAGAUCAACUUGCCAUCUUGAAGCAAUCGGGAGACACCAGUGGUGACAAAGUGCACCCGCUGGAUCCCUGCCAAAGUGCCAACUCCUCCGGGAUCGUCCACUUGAAGGAUCUGCGCAAAGAGGCGUACUGCGAGAUGGACUUCCUCGAAGGUGGUUGGAUCGUUUUUCAGCAGCAGGUGAGCUCGGCCCUGAGCUUCAACCUUAACUGGGCCCAGUAUCGGCUUGGGUUCGGAACCGUCGGGAAGGACGAGAAUUACUGGCUCGGGCUGGAACCGGUGCAUCAGAUCACAAACAGUGGCGACUACGAGCUGGCGGUGGAGUUUACGUUCGGUGGCAAUAAGGGCUUUGCGCGGUAUUCGCAGUUUAAGCUUGCUGGAGAAGUGGACAAGUAUCGGCUGUUGAUUGGCGGAUAUUCGGGAACUCUGGCCGAUGGGUUGAGCAACCGAAACUAUGCGAAAUUUUCGACCUACGACAGUGACAACGAAAAUUACAAGGAAAACUGUGCGAGCUAUUGGUCGUCGGGCUGGUGGUUUGACACUUGCAGUGGAGAAAGUGCCCUGAAUUACAAAACGCCGUACUGGUCUCCGAUGGGCUAUGGAACCUUCAGUAGAAUGAUGAUUCGUCGCAAGAAAUGAGAUAAUAAAAUUGUGUGAAAAAAA